AUGGAGAGCCUUCCCACCAGUAUCAGCUCCCCCUCCACUACUGAGACCCUCCUGCCCCUCUUGACCCCAGAUCCAGCUAACUGCAGUGCCUGGGACCAGCGAUGGGGGGCACCAUACCUGCAUAGGUUGGCCCACCUCGAUGUGAAGCUUUACCAAGACUUCUAUGCUGUGUGGGUCUCUCUCAUGGUGUGUAACUGUCUGAUGCUGGUGGUCGGUGUGGUCCUCAACAGUCUGGCUCUCUAUGUCUUCUGUGGGGCCUCCGCUCACUCCUCAGCCUCUGUGGUUUACACCAUGAACCUUGCUGUAGCUGACCUGCUGGUGGCGCUAUCGUUGCCCGCUCGCAUCGCUCUGUACCACAGUGGAGGGCGCUGUGUGGCCUGCUCCUAUGUUCACACUUUCAGCUACUUUGUCAACAUGUACUGUAGUAUACUGUUUCUCACCAGUAUCUGUAUAGAUCGGUACCUCGCUGUCGUCCAUGCAUCCAGUACUCUCCAUCGAUGCAGGACCACAGGGACAGCCAGGUGUGUCAGUGCCACAGUUUGGUUCAUUGCAGUUGUGGUCACCUACUCGUUCCAGACCACUGCGUUGGAGUUCAGCUCCUCCUGUGUGCUCCUCCCUGCCCUCUUCUACCUCACCAUCCUGGAGUUCCUGCUCCCCCUCCUAGCAGUGGUGGGCUUCACUUUGCGUGUUGCCUGUUUUCUCUCCUCUAGCCAUGGCCCAAUGCCCCAGCAGAGCAGGGCGAGGAGGGCACGUGCCGUCAGGCUGCUGGCCACCGUCCUGGUGGUAUUUACCAUCUGCUUUACGCCAUUCCAUGUCCGGCAGGUGCUGGUUUACUUUCGGGUCAAAGUCAGAGGGGAGGGACUGAGUCAGGCGUGGCACAUACUUGCCUAUCACAUCACAGUUACUCUGAGCAGCCUGAACAGCUGCCUGGAUCCAGUUGUUUACUGCUUUGUGACGGACAGCUUCAAGAGAGUAUGGAGGACGAGGAGGGGAGUGAGAGAGGGCGAUGGGGAGGCGGGGCACACAAGUGGGGGAGAGGGGGAGAGGAAUUCAGUGAAUACAUGUCCAGGUACGGCCCUGGCAAUAGCUCACAGUGUGGCUACACUCACCCUCACAACCUCUCCCAUCUCUGCGGCCAACAUGGAGCACUCCAUUUAA